AUGGAAUCUAACGAUUUAGAAAAAAAAUCUGAUAUAGGAAAAGAAGUACCAAAAAAAGAUGGUGAAAACAAUAAAAAUAUUGUAAAAGAAAAAGGUGACAUGUCAAAAAUUGAAAAAGAUAUGAAACAAGAUGGAGAAAAUAUAACUGCUAACGUUACAUACUCUCAAGAAAAUAUAUCAAAUGACACAAGUAGAAAAAAUUAUAAUCCUUCAAAAAGUGUUAGCAGCUACUUUAGUGAAGACGAAAAUUGUGGAGAAAAAAUAGAAAAUUGUAAGGAGAAAGUUAGACGUUACGCACAUUGUAAACUUCAUGAUGAUGAACUAAAUGGAAAAGCAAUGACGAAGAAAGAGAUUCAAGAUAAAUUGAAUCGAAAAGAGCUAAAAAGUGCGUUUCAUGCAAUAGUUGAUGAAGCACGUAAAAAAUUUUUAGAAGAACCAGAAACAUCUACAACACCUCUCAUGGCUAGUGCUUCUAAUGAAAAAGAAAAAACAAAAUCAGAUGUAAUUUUAUCAAAAUCUUCUCCUGAUAUCAAACUUACUGAUGGUAAAAAAGAAAAUAAUACUGAUGCUGUUUCAUCAAAGGUUACUUCUGAUGGAAAGGGAGAGUCAAAGAAUGAUAUGGUUUUAUUAAAAUCACCAAUUCAUGAUAGUAAUAUUGAUGUGGCUUCGUCUAAAGUUACUUCUGAUGGAAAAGGUGAACUUAAGAAUGAUACAGUUUUAUCAAAAUUACCAAUUCAUGGUAGUACUACUGACGCUGUUUCACCAAAGGUUACUUGUGAUGGAAAGGUAGAGUCAAAGAAUGAUACGAUUUUACCAAAAUCACCAAUUCAUGGUAGUACUUCUGAUGUUGUUUCAUCAAAGAUUACUUCUAAUGGAAAAGGAGAAUUUAAGAAUGAUACGGUUUUAUCAAAAUCAUCGGUUAAUGAUAUUAUUUCUAAUGGGAAGGGUGAACUUAAGAAUGAUACAGUUUUAUCAAAAUCACCAAUUCAUGGUAGUACUUCUGAUGCUGUUUCAUCAAAGGUUACUUCUGAUGGAAAAGGUAAAACUGAUGUAGCUUCAUCAACACCAACUACUCAUGUCAAUAGUUUUGAUAAGAAGAUGGAUAUGGAUGAGAAGAUUUCACAAAUGACGUCUGAAAUGGAGAAUCUUAAUGAAAGACAUGAUGAAGAAGGUUUUUCAAUUCCACAUCAAUCGGAUAAUUUAUCUUCAGAUUCAACAAGUCAAGAAGGUGAAGAAAAUUAA